CACGUAAUCGUAAUCAUGAAGAGCAUCGGUCAUAUUGUCAUCCUACUGGCGGCGGUCGCGUUGACUUCCGCCGAAAUCAAGAACAAGGGAUGGUGGAAAAAUAUGGUCUUCUAUCAAAUAUACCCGCGAAGCUUCAUGGACUCUGACAACGAUGGCGUCGGGGACUUGAAAGGUAUGAUGAGUAAAUUGGCGCACAUUAAGGAUUCCGGAAUUGGAGCAAUCUGGUUGUCGCCGAUCUAUAAGAGCCCUAUGCGCGAUUUCGGAUACGAUAUAUCAGAUUUCAAAAGUGUCGACAAAAUCUUUGGAACUUUGGACGAUCUGAAGAAUCUUAUAGCCAAGGCCAAAGAGCUGAAAUUAAAGGUUAUUCUAGAUCUCGUUCCUAAUCAUACUUCCGACGAACACGACUGGUUCAAACUGAGUUUAAAUAAAACGGGCAAGUAUGUUGAUUAUUACAUAUGGGAUAACGGAACUGUGGUAAAUGAUGUUCCUAAAGAGCCAAACAACUGGCUCAGUGUGUUCAAUGGUUCAGGUUGGACAUAUAAUAAGGAUCGAAAACAAUUCUACUAUCACCAAUUCUAUCCAGCACAACCCGAUUUGAAUUACUUAAACGAGAACGUACAGAACGAGAUGAAGGACGUGAUCAAAUAUUGGUUGGACUUCGGGGUUGAUGGAUUCCGUAUAGAUGCUGUACCGCAUUUGAUCGAGGAUAAACAAAAACGAGACGAGCCUGAAAGUGGAACACCAGGUGCUAAACCAACCGAUUUUAAUUACUUAAAUCAUAUUUAUACUAAGGAUCAGGAUGAAACGUAUAAGCUGGUGCAAAGUUGGCGGGAUUUCGUAGACAAAUACGCUGAAGAUUCUAGCAGGGACGAAAUAGUGCUAAUGACGGAGGCAUACACCAAUUUGAACAACACGAUCAAGUACUACAACUUUGGCGCGAACGUUCCAUUCAACUUCAAAUUCAUAACAGACGUGAACGCGAACUCCACUGCGACCGAUUUUCAGAAUGUUAUAGACAACUGGAUAAAGCUUACGCCAAACGAGAAAGUCCCGAAUUGGGUGAUGGGGAAUCACGAUCGCAGCCGUGUUGCCACCCGUUAUCCCGACAGAGAGGAUCAGAUGAUAAUGUUGGCAAUGAUCUUGCCAGGUGUUGCGGUAACGUACUACGGGGAGGAAAUAGGCAUGGCGGAUAACACCGAGAUCAACGUGACCGAUUCUCGCGAUGUUUGCCGUACACCGUUCCAGUGGGACGACAGUGCCCAAGCAGGCUUUAGUAACAGUAGCAAAACAUGGCUGCCCGUUCACAAAAACUACAAGACCCUAAAUUUGCUCAAAGAGAAGAAGGACAGCUACUCUCACUACAAAGUUUACACGGGAAUGACGGGACUACGAAACUCGUCGAAGGCUGUCAUGGAGGGCACCCUCCAAACAGCCGUUUUAAACAAGGAAGUGUUGACUGUUCUACGAAGAGCUGGUAACAACACCGUGGCCCUUCUCAUAAACUUUUCUAACAAGGACAAAGUUACGGUGAAUCUGACAGGCUUGGCCAAUUGGAACAAAACAACGAUUGAACUGACCAACGUGGGCUCCGGGCUGAAGCCAAAUACUCUUGCGAACAUACAGUCUUUCAGUGUUCCUGCGAAAGCUUCUGUCAUCUUGGUCUCACCAGGAAACCCCAAAAGUGGGGCGUCAAGUAUAGCUAGCAUUUCCAUCGUGACUCUUGUGUUGGCAGCGAUCGUUUCACUGUUUCGAUCGUAGGGAACGAAGAACAUGAAAAAUUUUGCGUCUCGUCACGUUCGGUUGAUUAGAAUGCGACUAUCUUUCAACUUGACGUUCUAUCUAUCUUGCGUGCGAAAAAUUUUGCUACGAGAUAGCGAAACGUAAGAUAAAAUGGCAGACGUUGAACAGUGAUCGCAGUGAUUGAUGUCGAUAUUGCUGGUAAGCGCCGAGUGAAUUUUUUUAACGAUAAGCUACAGAUAGUUAUUAUUUAUUGUGAAGCGAUGUAACGAGAUAAUAAAUUAUUACGCUGAACAAGCA